AUGGAUACCGUUUCCCAGAUGGCCACCACUGCGGCCAAGUAUGUCUUUGGCGACUCUGCCAACCAGGAACCUCUCUCCGGCACUCAAGGCGACGUAAGCAAAGGCGAACCCUACGAUGCCGGCAACCUGGACCCCAGUGACCAGGAACGUCUCCGUCAAGGCCUUAGCGGUGCUGAGUUCCGCGACGUAAACUCGUCCAACACCACGGCCACCACAUCAUCCUCCGACAAGCCCGUUGACACCAAAAUCACCUCCUCCUCCGCCUUUGGCGGCGUUUCCAAGACCGAAAACACCGGCCCCAUUACCACAGCCACAAACGCCGCCGACGACGCUGGCUUCACCCACCCUCAGCACGAUAUGUCUGCCCCCGGCCGGAGCAGCCCCGGGCAGGGAUUUGCCGGCGGCGUCACCACCGCGACGAACCGCACCACCGACAGCGGCUUUACCACGCCGGGGCAGGACAUGGGUGGCAGUGCCCGCAGCACGUCUGGUUUGGAAAGCAGUCACAGCCCCUCUGGCUUGGACAACAUCCGCAGUGUUUCUGGCCUAGACAGCACCCGCAGCACUUCUGGCUUUGACAACAACAGCAGCAGCAGCAGCAGCACCAACAAGCAGAGUACAUCUACCCAGAACUUAAAUACCACCGGCCAAAACCUCACCGACCAGAACCUCGACAGCUCGCGCGAUGUCUCUACCUCCAACAUUGACAGCAAGAGCAAGCCCUCCAAGUCGCCCUCAGCCGACGCCAACGACGAGCCUUCCUCCGUCGACGUGUCCGGCCCCGGCCCGCGUGAUCUCUCCACCGUCGCGCGCGAGCAUGGUGGCGACGCCGGCAGCCACCGAGGCUCCGAAACCACCUCCACCAGCAGCGGUAAUAAGCAGUCCGACAGCGGCGCCGGCGCCGGCGGUAACCUGCCCGCGGACAGGAGCCAGGAAAAAGGCACGGGCGAAGAGUACGUCAAGUCGAGCGGGCUGCAGGCAGACGGCGGCGAUUUUGACGCCACCAGGCCCGGGGCGGGCCGCGAGGCGGACCGGCUAAUGGAGCAAAAGGGCAUCACCACGGCUGCGGGGGCGGGGGCGAGCGGUGGUGCAGCGGUAGCAAAGGGUAAGGAUGGCGCGGAGCACAAGGCGCGCGGUAACAGCGGCAGCGGGGACAGCAAGGAGAAGCAUGGCCUCGUGGACAAGAUUAAGGAGAAGCUGCACAAGCACUAA